AUGACGAUCGAGUCGCACGUAUUUGCGGCGGCGUUAGGUGCGCUCGUGCCGUCGCUGGUGCUGCUGGUGCUCCUGGAGAAGCAGUGGGCGCGUGAACUGCCGCCCCAGUGUAGCGGCGUCCUCGAUCGUGUUCUGUGGCUGCUGCCCGACGCGAUCUUCCCGCACUUGGAGUGCUUAGGCGUCUCGGGCCGCGCGCUCUACUUGGACUAUUACCUGUUUGACCUGCUGCUCUUCCCGGUGAUCUACGCGACGGCGCUACGUGGACUGCUGCGUCGCUCGUGGCCCGACCGGCUCUUGAUCGCGUAUUUGCCGGGCGUCGCCGCGCUCUGUGACGUGGUGGAGAACGUGUCGAUUCUGCAGCUCUUGCGGCGGUUCCCACAGCGGUGCGAGACGCUCGAAAACGUAGUGAGUGUCGUUGCGCGUGCCAAGUGGAUUGUCGUCUUGUCGGCCAAUGUGUUUGUGCUGCUCGGGGCGGUGAAAGUGGGGAUGCAGACAGCGGUCACGCGGUCGCGCGCGAAGAAGAAGGAAUGA